UGGGCCAAGCUCCCUCCCACCACUUGGCCAGUGCGGCUGGAGCAGCACAGGGAAACCACAGCAUUUGUGGUGAGGGGAGGGGGGAAAUUGUGUCAAAAUGUUGUCGCUUUUCAUGUGAAAACUGUUUGUCUCAGGGUGGCAUUCUUAGGCAGACAUGAGCAUCUCCCAGCCCCACCAUCCCCUCACUCCACGGAGGUGCUGAGCUCCAGGGCCCCGCAGUGCGUGGUCCAGUUCCCAAGGUCCAAGCAUCGCUGGGGCUGCGGAUCCGCUGCUGCUCAGCCAGGUAGCUGAGCCUCUUCAAGGAGCUGCAACCGGACCAAGAGAUCCUUCCUCCUACACGCUCCAGAGAAGAACCCUCAACCUCUUCUUCAGUGGAAGAGGACAUAGCUCACAGCAAUGUGGCAGGCAGAGGCCUGACUUACCUCCUUGUUAUCCUGGCCUUUCACAGCCCUCCUCCCAAAGGUGCAGCUCUCUAAUGCAGCUUCUGGAGGGGGAAUUAUUCCCAGACUUUUGCUCGUGGCCAAAACCAGUCUUGGGUACUCUCUGCUGCCCAUCUCCAAUUAAGGGAAAACCUGCCUGGCUGGAUUAUUUUGGGGUGGCCAUUGUGGCUGUUGCUAGCUGGCAAGGAUGCAUAUAAGCCCCUCCAGGAUGAAUCUUGCUCCCCUGAGAGGAGGGAGGAUAAAAGUGCGUUGGAAGGAAUAAGGAGGUAGGAACAUUGACCCCAGGGGGGCUCAUCUCCCAGCAUCAUCUUCUUCUUGUGAUAAUGGAGUUUUAGCUCCAAGCAGGAGCACUACCCACCUGGGCACGGACCUGGCAGAGUUAUGAGGCAGCAUGCAGCAGCACUAGCAGUGUGCUCAAAGCUCCCUUUGUGUCUGGAGGUCUCCGGCUACUUCCUCUCCAUCACAGCCACAAGCCUGGCAAUGUGGUGAGCGAAUGUCUCUCACAUUGUUCUUUGAAAUGAUCAUUAUAGACUGACAGAAGGAGAGAAACUGGCAGGCUGAGAUGCAUUCACAAAAAUAUCCCCUCCAAGGUCAGUUUAAAUAAGUCUCCAUCAUCAAUGGGAGAGCUGCGUGGGAGAGCUCAUGUCAGCUCUGCGCCACAGCCAGUUUGCAGGUGGGCUUUGCUGCUUCUCUCCUGUCAUGGCCAGUUUGCAGGUGGGCUUUGCUGCUUCUCUCCUGCCGCAUUGUCUUGGCCCCCAGCAAGGUGUCACAACCCCUCCUUGCUCACACCAGGCCAGUCCGUGGCUCAGGGUGUGGGUAUGUGUGUGCGUUGUGUCCCCCAGUCCCCCCAAGCCAUGAGUCUGUGCUGGGCAGGGUACUGAUAUUUACUCAGCAACUCCAGCUGGGACUGGUGAUUGAAUCCAGGAGGGAACCUCCCUGUUUUCCUCCUCCAGCACCAGCACAAAGCCCGGCUGCCAUCCGUGAGCCACUACUUCCUGCGCCCCAUCCCCACUGCAGCCCUGGAGCUGUGAGGCACCCAGCCCCAAAUGCCACAUCAGGUGACACGGCAGGCAGGGACUUUGCUGGCAGGGGGACAGGCAAAACAUGGGCACUCAAGCUGGCAGGUGAGGGGAGGAACCUGCCAGGAUCACAGCAGAAGGAGGAAAGGGUCCCAUGGCCAGCAUGCUGACUCCGUACUGGAGUGGAUGUGGCACGGGCACAGCUGCUUCCCCUGGCAGCUGGCAAUCCCCAUGGGGUGCCGAAAUGUGCCUGCAGACCCCUGGUGCCAGCAGGCAGCUAACCUGCCUCCUCUCUGCCCUGCAGGCUGGUCUCAGGGCGAGAGGAGAUUAAAGCUGCUUCGCGAAGCUCGCCCCAGCCCAUGUCACCCUCUGAUUUCCUGGACAAACUUAUGGGACGAACGUCAGGGUAUGACGCUCGGAUUCGACCCAACUUCAAAGGUCCGCCUGUCAACGUGACAUGCAACAUCUUCAUCAACAGCUUCGGCUCCAUCACUGAGACCACCAUGGACUACCGGGUGAACGUCUUCCUGCGGCAGCAGUGGAACGAUCCCCGCCUGGCUUACCGCGAGUACCCUGAUGACUCCCUCGACCUUGAUCCCUCCAUGCUUGACUCCAUCUGGAAGCCAGAUUUGUUCUUUGCCAAUGAGAAAGGGGCCAAUUUCCAUGAGGUCACCACUGACAACAAGCUGCUGCGCAUCUUCAAGAACGGCAAUGUGCUGUACAGCAUUAGGCUGACACUGAUCCUGUCCUGCCCUAUGGACCUCAAGAACUUCCCCAUGGACAUCCAAACAUGCACCAUGCAGCUGGAGAGCUUUGGCUACACCAUGAAUGACCUCAUCUUUGAGUGGCUGGAGGAGCAGGAGGCCGUACAAGUAGCAGAGGGCUUGACACUCCCGCAGUUCAUCCUCAGGGAUGAGAAGGACCUAGGCUAUUGCACGAAGUACUACAACACAGGCAAGUUCACCUGCAUCGAGGUGAAGUUCCACUUGGAGAGGCAGAUGGGUUACUACCUGAUCCAGAUGUACAUACCCAGCUUGCUCAUUGUCAUCCUCUCCUGGGUCUCCUUCUGGAUCAACAUGGAUGCGGCACCAGCCCGAGUGGGCUUGGGCAUCACCACUGUGCUCACUAUGACCACGCAGAGCGCCGGCUCCCGUGCCUCCCUGCCCAAGGUCUCCUAUGUGAAGGCCAUCGACAUCUGGAUGGCUGUGUGCCUGCUCUUCGUAUUUGCCGCCUUGUUGGAAUACGCAGCUGUCAACUUUGUCUCCCGCCAGCACAAGGAGUUCAUGCGCCUGUACCGGCGCCAACGGCGGCAGAGGAUGGGCCUGAGCAGCGGGACGGCCAGCCUGGAGUCCCUGCAGCAGCUGAGCGUCCAGUACGGCAGCGAGCACACCUACGCUACGCUCUCGCAGCUCUCCAGCUCCCGGGAGGAAGAGCUCGUCCGCGAGAGCCGCUUCUACUUGCGAGGCUAUGGGCUGGGGCACUGCCUGCAGCCGAAGGACGGGGCUGGAGAGGGUCCUGGCAUCUACAGCCCCCCAGCAGCUGGAAUGCUGCUGCAGGAAGAGGAGAGCCUCCGCAGGCGCUACAUUGACCGGGCCAAGCGCAUCGACACCAUCUCCAGAGCUGUCUUCCCCUUCACCUUCCUAGUCUUCAAUAUCUUCUACUGGGUGGUCUACAAAGUGCUGCGCUCAGAGGACAUCCAUUCAGUGCCCUGAGGCCUGGAAAAGCAUGACUGCUUCUUGGUCUGACCCUGCCUUGCGCCCGAGUACCACAAGCUCAGCCAGAACCAUGUUUUCCUCUGCCCUCGGCCAGCAGCACAGCCAGGCUGGGCCUCAGACCCUGGAUGUCUGUCAGCCCCCGUGUCCCUUCAGAUGCCAGGGCACUGAGCAGGGGCAUCAGCAGUGCCAGGUCCUCAUGGUCAUCUGGAGAGAGGGACCCCUCCUGCCUCCUGCAUAGUGUCACCCCCAAGUACCCAGGGAUGCUGUGCUGCUGGGGGACCUCCAGGUACCUGGGGAUGCUGUGCAGCCAUGGCCCAGGGGAGCCCCUGGCGCUUUGGGAUGCUUCACAGCAGAUGCCCAGGGAACACCACCAAACAUGCUCCACCUCUCCGCACCUUCCAUGUCAGCCUGCUGCUCUCCAGGCUGCAUCGCUGAGCCAUGGGCCACAAGCAGCCAGGUGAGAGGUUGAAGUCAUAUCUCCUCCCCUGGCCAGGAGCUCAGUUGCAGGAAACAGCAGGUAGCAUCCCUGCCUGCGCCUGAAUCUUGUGGGGUGCUGGCUAUGGGCCCCCAGUCCUCAGCCCAGCAACGGGCAGGGCCCCUCUGGCCCCCUGCCAGCUCCAACAUGCAGCAAAACAGCGGUUCAGCGAUGCUUCCCUCUCUGCAGAGCCCAGAGCUGUCCAUGAUGCCCACAGCUUCAGGUAGGACUGUGGCAGGGACACUGGGAAAGAAGUUCCAUUUCCUCCAAGAAAAACCCAGCUUUGGAGUCCCCCUGACAAUUAAGGACACAGACGACCAUUGUAGCUGCAGAUGGAAGCUGGCUGGCACUGGGGAGUGAACACUGCACUACCUGCAGGGCAGGGCCCACAGCCUGUCUGCCAAGGGAGAGUUUUCAGGAUAAAAGCAGUGAGGACAGCUUGGCCAAUCCCUUUGGAGGAGUGGAGUGACCAGUGGCAUCCCCAGACUGCUGCAUUCCCAUAGCACCACAGUGCCAGCGGAGGUGAAAAUCAUCCUGUGCCCCAGCUUUCUCCCCAUCCUGGCACCCAGGCACAGUGUCCCCUGGGCAGGUUCACCCCUGCUGCUCCUCCAUCAGAGAGGACAGCAUCCAAAACCUCGAGAGGACAAGCUCAGCAAGGCUUCCAGCCCUCCAGACCUGGAUAUCCUCCAUGCUUAUCAGGAAAUAAAAGCAGUAGGUGACAUUUAUUUAAGUCCUGCAGAGAGAAAUGUGUUGAUGCUAUCCUUUCCCCGUGCUCACAGGUCAGCCCAGGGGGCUCACAGCCCAGUGAAGUCCGUCCCCCUGUGGCCUUGGGUGCAGGAGAGGGCCUGUGGUCUUCCAUGCAGAGGAGGAUGGAAAUGGGAUUCACUGCUUUCCUUGGAGGCUGUGGUGCCUCCAUGGCACAACAAUGGCCCUGGUGACCCGUGGGUCAUGGUGAAAGAGACCCUGCAGGGAAGGGAGACGUGGGCGGGAGGCCAUGACCGACUGUUGAAGCCAGACCCGGGCAGAAACCCCCUGACCCUGCUCCUCGGGCAGCCAUCACCCUCUCCCUCGCAUAACUCACCAGAAUCAAAACCCUGCACCCCUGCCCCCUGGCCCAGUCCCCUGAACCCUGCAGAGUGCUCAGCCACAUGCACCCAUUUCACAGACAGGGCAAGUGGAGGAGAACCAAUGCCAGGCUAUGGCUGGGACCACCAUGACGGACCAAGCCAGCUCCAUCCCACUGCUGCCUCUGUGCUUGCCUUCCACGCUGCAGGGGGCCCCACGGGGCCACUGUGUGCCCAGCUGUGGCAUUCAAGACAGCAGAGGAAGGGGUGCACCCAGUCCCCCAAGGCAGAGCCAAACAGCGAGAUGCCAAUGCCUGGGUAGCACCUGCACUGGACAACCCAGCCACCCUCUAGCAGCGGAGGGUUUUAAAGAGGUAUCAAUCUUCCUAUGCA